GAGCGCCCGACGGAGGGGUCGAGAGAAUCCAAAGCGCAAGCGGCAGCCGCAGGCAGCGCCGCGCAGGCGUGAGAGGGGGGGAGAAAAGGAGGAAGCGGCCAAGGGGAAGCGAGGGGAGGCCGGGGCGGCGGCGUGCGUCAUAUGGGGAAGUACAUGCGCAAGUGCAGGGGGGCCGCGGGCGAGGAGGUCGCCGGCGUCGAGGUCACGCAGGUCGUCGGCGUCCGGACGAGGUCGCGGACCGCGGCGGCGCCGGCGCCGGCCGGCGGUGUCGCGAAGGUCGCCCCGAGGAGGAAGAAGGCGCUGGCGCCGCCGAACGUGGCGGCGGGGGAGCCUGCCGCUGGCGGUGACGGCGGAAGCUGCUACAUCAAGCUGCGGAGCCGGACGCUGUUCAUGGCGCCGCCUCAGCAGCCUUCGGCGCCGAGGGUUCCGGUGCCGGCGGAGGCUGCUGGUGCCGGCCAGGGUGCGGCGGCGCUCGUGCCCGGGCUGUCGCGAUGCUCCAGCACGGCGUCGUCUGUGGACGUGGGGUGUCAGGACAGGAGCCUUGCCUGCCGCUCCGACGCCGCGAAGGCAGGCGGGGAUCACAACCUGGAGGUCUCCGCGAGCAACUCGGGGAGCGGCCCGGAGCGCGAGAGGAGAGAGACGACGCCAUCGAGCCGGGCGCACGGCGAGGUCAGCGAUCUGGAGUCGGAUCUGGCGGGCCAGAAGAACAACGGCCAGUCGUCGCCGGCUCCCCAGCUGAUCACGCCACCGGCGGACGAGAUCAAGGCCUUCUUCGCGGCGGCCGAGAAGGCGCAGGCCGAACGCUUCGCUGCCAAGUACAACUUCGACGUCGUCCGCGGCGUGCCCCUCGACGGCGGCCGGUUCGAGUGGACCCCAGUGGUCAGCAUCUGAAGCGAGCGUGCAGUACAAAGGGAUCAUCGGAAGCUAGAAAGAGGAGGAGAAAAGGAUGCCCAAAAAAAAAAAACGGAAAAGGAGAAACCAAAGAAGAAGCAUCAUAGCCUAACCACCAUUCAACUGUUUUUCGUCCAUGCCUUACUUUUCCUGAAGUAGCUUGUAGAAUCGCAUCGGUAGUGUUUACUGUUUAUCCAGAGAGGUUACCUUGACCCCUAUAGAUCAUCCGCUCACUGUAAUUGCUCUCCUGUAUUUUGGAUGGAAUUUAAUUCACUGUACAGCAGCUAGCUGCCUUGCAAAUCUGAUUGUCUGAUCAGUUAACCGCCGCCGUUUG